AUGGUCUUACCCAUGGCCAGCAGCAGCAUGGAGCUGCAGCCGGACAAAGGGCUCUGCGUCCGCAACAACACCGGCGACUGGAGGCUGAGCUACGAAGAGUCCCGGAGCCGCCGAAACUCCAUCCCUCCGGCCAAGACGCCCAAAGCCAAGCACAUGUUGGCAUACCUGCCUCGGCCUCCCACGGAAACCAGCAGAUAUGGGACCUUCGCCCAGAAGCCUGAAAUGAUAGCCGUUCCUUUGGAUCCUUUUGAUGAGACCCAGCAGCAAAUGGAAACCCCAACCACAAAGAGAAGUGCCCUGCAAUGCAACUACGUCUCCAUGUCCUGCAGCUCGAACAUCCCCAACGACAGGUCUGUCCUUCUCCAGAGGAGACUCAGCACAGUGGAGGCAAGCUAUGGUACGGUGUUGCCUACCAAACACCGGCCCAGCGUCUCCAUCAACACAGAAGAGCUGCCCAAAUACCACCGGUCCUCCAGGACGGAUCCGCCUCCACCUUCGCUAAUCCGGGAACUGAACGCCCGGCUUUAUUCCCAACAUGCUUUCAGUUCCCCCAACAUCAACUCCGGGCGGAACAAAACUCCGACCCGCAGCAUCAUCUCGGUGAACAACUCAGAAAAAGGGCAGAACAAGCGCUGCAAACUCAUGGAAAAUGACCGACAAUUUGGUAACAAACAGCAGAGGCAGCGCUACGUGACCAAGGUUGGCAAGUGCCAGGUGAACUUGGGCAACAUCCAGGAGAAGAAGAGGUUCUUGUCUGACAUCUUUACCACCAUUGUGGAUCUCAAGUACCGAUGGUUCCUCUUUGUCUUCAGCAUGUGCUACAUCAUCACCUGGGUGGUCUUUGGCAUCAUAUAUUACUUUGAUUCCUGGAUACGAGACGACGUCAACCAUAUAGGCGACCCCGAAUGGAAACCUUGCAUACAGAACCUUGAGAAUUUCAUCUCUGCUUUACUCUUUUCUGUAGAAAGCCAAAGGACUAUUGGCUAUGGGUCUCGGAUCGUGACGGCCAACUGCACGGAAGGGGUCAUUUUGCUCAUGGUCCAGUCCAUCAUUGGAUCCAUGAUCGACGCCCUCAUGGUGGGCUGCAUGUUCGUGAAGAUCUCCAGGCCCAAGAAGCGUGCCCAGACCUUAAUAUUUAGCAAGAAGUGUGUGAUCUCCCAUCGGGACGACCAGCUCUGCCUCAUGUUCCGUAUCGGAGACCUCCGGGACAGUCACAUGGUGGAUGCAAAAAUCAGAGCCAAGUUGAUUAAGUCCCGGCAAACGAAGGAAGGGGAGUUCAUCCCUCUGGAGCAGUCAGAACUGAACCUGGGCUAUGAUACGGGUGAGGACCGUCUCUUCCUGGUGGAACCGCAGAUCAUCUGUCACAUCAUCAAUGAGCAAAGCCCUUUCUGGGAGAUGUCUGCAGAAGACCUGAAGAGAGAGCAGUUUGAAAUCAUCAUCAUCCUGGAAGGCAUUGUGGAAGCCACAGGGAUGACGUGUCAAGCCCGGACAUCCUACGUAGAGGACGAGAUCCUUUGGGGCCACCGCUUCGAGCCCUGCAUGACCCUGGAGAAAGGCGCCUUCCGUGUAGACUACACCAGAUUUGAGAAGACCUUUGAAGUCCAGAUCCCAGGGAUUAGUGCCCGCGAGAUGUACGAGCAGAAGGAGAUAGAGAAUCGGGACCAGUCAACUCUAAGCUUGUACUGGGACCAUCUGGUGCACCCUUGCCUUUCAGCAGAACUCAACAACGAAGGUCGGCAAGGGGAUGGUCCCAGCGAGGAAGGCCUCUCCAGACUGGGCUUUUCCAACAUCACAGAAGAAGAGCGAAGCAACGAGUACCAGACCCAAGAGGCCAGCGUCUAA